AUGUUUUGGGGCUCCUGCCAGAUUGUUUCAACAAAGCGCUCUUCGUUCGGUGGUGGGGCCCAUGCUUCUGUAGCAGGAGCAGGAGCAGUUGGCGCUUUUUUACGUUAUAAAAUUGGAUAUCAUACGACAGCGCAGUUAUCGAGAAAGGAUAAAAGCUUAGCGAUUACCACAUGUCAUAGGAAGAAAAAUAAUAAAAUGCGAAAUGGCAGACAGGAUCAUGAAAUGAAAAAGUUAAACGAAAAAACUGAGAAUAAAAUGAACGAAUUAGGAAAAGUAUUUAUGGAUUUUUUACCAGCUAUUACAUCACUAUUUGAAAUGGUAGUAUCAACAGCGUUGUCUCAGUCAAAUGUUAAGACAGAAAUGAAACAACAGCUGAUAAAUGAUUAUACUGAAAAACUGAAAAUGAUCACGCAACCAAUAUUAGCGAUAUUAAAAUCCUUCGCAGAGCGGAUCCACCGAAGUCCAGAUUUUGGCAAAAAUAACAGUAACGAUACGGGUAUUCUAGUUUAG